AACCAUCGAAGUUUUUCGCGGGUGUCAGCAAAAUUUAUUUUAAUGGUUGUAAAAAACAAAUUCCAAACAUGGUUACCAAAGUUAAAAUUGUUGAUUCCGUGGUGAAUUUGUUUGUUAUGUAUGUAAUGUGAGUGGUACAUCGACGAAAAUGAAUCAGAACAAGAAAAACAAUGGAUGGAUUUUGUGCCCAUCCAAAACUUAUCCUGGAAAAUUUUAUUAUUUCAAUGUCCUAAAUGGCGAAGCCGCAUGGAGUUUAGACGCUGAUAAUAACAAUGUAAAAAGUAUCAACAUUCAUAAAGUGUCUGACAAGAGCCACUCAUACCCAGAACCGACAGGUCCUCCUAAAGAUGAAGGACCCAGCAUACCUCAUGCAACUAGACAAAUAUUCAACAAACCCAACACUAACAAAAUACCUGAAAUUGGCAUGCUGAGAAGACGAGUAUUCAAUAACACAUUUAAUCCUAAUAAUGAGUCCACACCCAUAUUCGGACAGCCAGCAAAAUUUGUGCAGAACAGUGAAAUGUAUGUGCCGAACAUUCUUUGGACAGCUAUACAGCUGCCUCCACCAAUGAGUCUGCAAAACUCUGAUGCAAAUCGGUACAUUGGUGAAGACAAUACUAAUUUGAACUAUGGACGUAUUGUCCAUUCAUGCACCAGUUCCCUAUCCAGACGCUUCACAAAUUACAACAGAAAUGUGCAGAAAACAGAUGAAAGAAUUAUUUCAGAAUCUAUACCUUUUCAUAUGUCAACUCCAAUAGGAAAUUGUUUUAGCAAUUCAUAUUAUAAAACAUUCUCAUUUGGUAUAGAUGAUGAGAGGUCAACUAAGAUUGUGACAACAUUAGAUAGAGAACAAACAUCAUUCAAGAGAGCUUCUACCAAACCAGAGAUUGAUGAGAACUGGUGUAGAGAACAGAAAAGCUUCGACACUUUUAGUCCAAUAGAAAAUAAUGAAGAUCAAUUGAACUUAUUCUGUCGAAAAAAACAAGAACAAGUACCCGAUUCUUUUGAACAAGUAACCGAUGAUUCGCAGAAGCUUGGUGAUGAUGACUUGCGAUUGGUACUUCUGGCAAAGAGGAGAAGAUCUGUUGGUUUAGGUGAACUGCGAAAUUCAGAAGGUAAAAAGAUAAAGACUUAUAAAACUGACCAAAAUGAAUCUAAAUCUACCUCAAAGAAACGGGUCACCUUUAGUCUCCAUGAUGACAAUGGUAGUGAUGACACAAACGGAGAAAACUUUAAGACUUCACCAAACAACGGACCAAGCACUUCCUAUGUCUCAUUGGACCUCAGUAACGACUUGUGGUAUGUCAUGGUUGAUCCUGACACUUUAAUCGAUGAGUAUGAACUGAUUGAGCAGUAUGUUCAGAGCGACGAUAAAUGUCGCCUUCUACUACCGCGUAGCUUGCAAUCGGAGGUUGAAGCGAUGUGUCUAGGCGACUGUUUAGGGCGACAACGAGUUAUUGUCGCCAGACAAAGUGCUAGGAAACUGGCGGUCCCACCGCCUUAUAUAGUACCAUUGCCCGAAAUUGAUAUUCAAAACGAUACUCGUGAUGUAAGUGACGUUUUGAAAAUUUGCUCUCAAGUCCAAAGGAAUAAAUACGAAUUGGUAUUCAUAACAAACAGUACAGAACUAUUCGACGAAGCUGAAUCUCUGGAAAUAAACUGUCUCAAAACCGAUGAUCUCAAAGCCACUAAAGAAAAAACGCCCGAAAUCACAUUCGCCCUGAAAAAAGUGAAAACAUCACCAGAUAAUGCAAAAUCGUGCCUGCUGAGCGAUUCUGUCCCUUAUGCCUUGACAAAUAAUAGUGAAACUCCCUUGAACACUCUCCAAAAGUUUUCAGUUAGAAACGCUGAAAAUGACUUUAUAGCUAUUAAGAAAGUUGAUGCUAACACCUCACCUAUAGACAGCGAUAGACUCAUUGACAUAACUCGUAAGAAAACCCCCGAAAUUAUCCAAAACAAAGAUAACAAACUUCUGAACUACGAAAAGGCUGCCGAUGAAAUAGGCGUGAACCUUAAAGCUAUGUACUUAAAGACCAAAAUUGAACAGAGCAAAGAUAAAAUCAAUGAAGCAAAUAAGUUAAAAUUCCAAAUUCGUAAUACUAAAAUGCCUACUUUGAGUGUAGACACUAAAAAGUUUGGGAGGGAAAAUGAUGGAAAUAGUGGCCUUUCUAAAGAGAAUAAGUUUAAAUUCCAAAUUCAUAAUACUAAAAUGCCUACUUUGAAUGUUGAUACCAAAAAGUUUGGGAGUGAAAAGGAUGGAAAUAGUGGUGAUCCCAAAAAGUUUGGGAGUGAAAAGGAUGGACAUAGUGGCAUUUCAAAUGAGAAUAAGUCAAAAUUCCAAAUUAAAAAUACCAAGAUGGCAGAUAUGCCUACUUUGAGUGUCGAUACUAAAAAAUUUGGGAGUGAAAAGGAUGGAGAUAGUGGCCUUUUAAAAGACUUCAGCAUUAAAAGCGACCUUAUGACGAACAACAUAAGGGAAAGAAUGAGUGAAUGGAUUUGCUCGUUCACGCAAAUCUUGGAAGAUGCUCUCACGCAGCUGAUGUUGCGUCACAUAGUGAUCACAGACAAUAUAUUCCCACCCUGGGUAUUGUAUGACGUCGUCGAGAGUGUAAAAAAAAUGUACGGCUCCCGAGCUAAAGUGGGUAGUUUGGCUGAAAAAUUUAAUAGCAUGCUUCUAGCAAAUAGCUCCAAGAUAGGUACGUUGAAGUCUUCAAUGACACCAAUUGAAUUUAUGAAACUGUUUGAAUGCGGCACGGUGCUCAUACAAACACUGAAGGUUGAACUACCGUCUUAUGAAGAAUUGGAAGAAGCAUAUAACACACUCAAUUGUCUACUGAAAGAGAUGCAGAAUCCAUCUGAUGACGUCACAGUGCUCUCUUUCCACACUCCAGUGGUUAGCAGGGCCGAAGUCGUGGAAGAGACAAUGAUGAGGCGCAACUUUAUUCGAGGGCGAUCGGAUGUUAUAGACUAUUUGAAGAAGCAUUUCGAUGCAUGGAAGAACUACGUCCCGGAAGAGUCACAAGCAAACUUCGAUAGCCAAACGUCAGCUGAACAGAAUAUGAAUAACAAUGUUACAAUCGUGCGUACAUUAGGUAGAAAUUUAAAAUUAUUGAACAUAGAUUGUGACAAAACUAUAUCAUUCAAUAAACCCACUGAAAACACUAUUAAAUCUUCCACUGGCAACAUUGUACCUAAUAAGAAAACUGAAGACGAUCAGAUCAAUGCUACCAUGAAAAAUUUAGAUAUAUCCGUUAUAAAUGGCAACAUUAUUGAAAACGUAGACCGAAUCAAUGGAUUUGCUGAUAAUUUCAAAUCGAGUUGUGACAAUAAUGAUAUAACUAAUGAUAAAGAUUUUUGUAUGGAAAGAAUUGAACAUAAUAACAAUGCUAAAACGGUCGAAGAACCGAAUUCAACUAAUAAAAUUGCCAACGACAAAAAAGAUGCAACAGAAUCGAACAUGUGCAAUCACGACAGCACUGUAGACAGUGGCAAUGUUAAAGGGCCCACGGUAGUUAGAAAAUUGCACAAAAUACAAGCCUACGAGGACAAAUUGAGGAAGAGCAUAGACAAUAUAGAUUUGGACGCUUUAGACUAUUCCGAAAUGAAUGACACCUGCUCUUUUAGAACUUACGUUAUUGAGGAGUCUCAAAAUAAUGACAGCAACGAAACGUCAUUUGAAGAUGCAGUAAGUUUUGUCUAUGAGAUCAAAAGGAAAAUUUCUAAAAGCAGUGAUAAUAUUGCUAAUGGAAAUUACGACAGUAUACAAGCUAAUAUUGUGAAUACAACUACAGUUGAUUCGGUGCAUAACCCAAACAUUUCUAGCAAUGACAUUUAUGACAUUAUUGAUGUCGACAUACUUGACAGCAUCUGUCAUGAUAAGAAUGACAGCGGUUUCGAGGAUGACAGCCGGCAUGUGCAUUCGUUUCUGCAGAUGUUUCUGGGUGAAUUGUGUCAGAUCCUUAAGUCUGUGCACGAUUUUAUUGUCAUAUCUAUUAGAGAAUUCCAUAGAGUUGACAUAGAUGAACAGUGGCGGGACAAUUUACACAUCAAAGUUGGGAAACUGCAUAGUAUCAUUUCCAAAAUAAUAAUGAAGCUGAAUGGUAUCAUUUCGAGGGAGUCUAAAGAAUACACUAUACUUAAAGAUAUGCUACUCAAAGCAGGCGAGGAAGCUUCCAAUGAUAAGAGAAUGAUGAAAUACAGACAAGUGGUAACAAAGUGUUUGGAACAAACUUUAAUUUUGGAUAACGCUUUGAAAAUUAUGGGUACCAUUACUGAUCAUGAUUGUAGGGGCAGUGUCAGCACUUGCACUCUAGAUCCUAAUAUAAGGUACUUGAAUAUUUACGAGUGAAUAUUCAUAGCAAAAGAAAAGGACAGGAGUGUUUAUUUUUUCUAGACAAGUACGAAAACAGGCUGUUCCUUCACCAAAGAGUGUACUGAAAAUAGGUUUUUGAACUCAUACAGUACAAAAAGGUUUUUCUUCGCCUGAAAGUGUUUACAGAAAAAGUAUUACUUUUACCAUAAUAUGUUUUGUGGCGUAAAAAAUAGAAUUAAGUGUUUUUGUAGUACUAAAACAGUAUACAACAAUGUUUUGUUUUAUAUACCAAAAGGGUAUAAAUAAAAGUAUUUUUUUAUUCUAAAAUAGUAUAAAAAUAAAAGUUAUUUUUUUAUCAAAUUAUAUAUGGAAGCAAAGUCGACAUUUUUUGACAAAUUCUAAAUAUGAAUGUUUAGAUCUGUACCCCUAGCACGAACCAAUAUCAAAUUCGUAUCGUUUGCGAGUCCGAAAUGUCAUUAUCAAAUGUGUACUGAUAUUUUGUCGUGCAUGCCAUAAAAUAUGUCGUGUAUUGUUACAGGGUCGUUAAAUCAACAUAGGGUGUGACAGAAUUUUUAAAAUAGUAUUUUCAACUUCUCAUUUCAAAAAUAAUUUUAUUUAAGAAUCCCUUGUCGUGUAGUGGCCAUCUACGUGAAAUUGGCAGAAUUGUGGGUAUAUCCCCGUUGAGCCAUUAAAAAAGAAAGUAGUAGUUCUUGUUACGUACUUUGUGGCGCUGCUGUUCGCCUCCAUUCAAAAUUUCACAUUGACAUUUCGCACUCGCAAACUAUUCGAAUUCGUUAAUGGUUCGUGCUAGGGGUACUGAUCAAUACAGAUUAACUGUGUUUCUAAUGCAAUUUUUUUUCGUUAUAUUGAGUACCUAUAAGUAAUAAAAAUGUAAGAGACGAUUAUUUUCUGUAAAUCUCCAUAAUUUAGUCCAUUAUUAAGAUCAUUCAUUUAAAUCCAUAAAUUAACAAUAGAAAAAGAUUUCUUUUAAUUGUAUUAAGUACACCUAAUAGGGAAGAUGCAAUAUUUUUAUUUUUGUUUUCAUUUUAAAGAAUUCCAUGUAGAAUAAACCACAGAUAUAUUAAAAAAUUAAAACAUUGUGAUUUAUCGGAAAAACUGCGGUUUUAAAUUGACAAUUUAAAUUUUCGCGCGAAAACGAACCUAUGGUUGCGAUGACGUCACUCCUGUCUGUCACUGGUCGUACUUUUUCGUCGCUGGCUUUAAAUUUUUAUACUUUUGCAUAUUUUUUCGACUUUCGAAAUAUUUUUUUGAACAAUUUAAAAUGGACUAUCCAUCAACAUCAUGUGAUCAUAACAAUACCACUAAUAUUCCGAAAAAAAGCCGUGUAGACUCAUGUUUUGUGCCAAUCUACUUCAACAAAGUUUCCAAAUAAAUUGUUUUUGACUGGAACUUCUGACCCAAAACUGAAAAAAAAGUGGUUUCAAGCUGCAAGGAGAAAUGACAAUUAUUCUCCAAAGACCAUUAUUCGAUACUGUGAAGAUCACUUUGACGUAAGUCGGCGAAUAUACUUGUUAUAUGCUUAAUUAAUCUGCUUGUACGUAAAACGCAUUAGUAACCUACCUAAUACUUACAAAACCUGUCUAUAACAUAUUUUUAAUUUUACAGUUGGAGAAUGACGUCGAAAAUUAGAUAAACUUUAAAAUGUGUGGCACAAUCUUCACAUAGCCGAUUGCAUUAUCUCCGUAAGAUUUGUAGAAGCCGCUGAAUAAAAUACGAAGUUUCACAACUACGAUUUUUACAUACCGUAGUAAUUUAGUCCCUUUCAUUUCUACACUUAAAAACUCUGCACUUUGGACAAAAAAAGUUAUUACCAUGUCAACACUAACUCUUGGUAAAUUCCUGGAGUCUGCUUUGAUAAACACAACUUCCAUUUUUAUUAAAUGUAAAAAAAACGCAAUUAAUAUUCCCAUAAAAUAAUAUGUACUUUAACAACCAUAACCUCAAAGAAGUUGUCAUAACAGGAGUGACGUCACUAAACGCUGAUUGGUGUUUUAAAAUACGUUCUGUUUCAAGUAUUUUUAAUUCGUAAUAAUUGUUAAAAAACAACAUUAUGUAAAAUAAAACGUUGCAGUGGCUUUUUUUAACAUUAUAAUCAUAAAUUUUUCAUAAAUAUUAUAUAUGCAUCUUCCCUAUUAAAUCUCAUUUCCUAUUUCAACCCCUAAAAGUACCCUAUUUGCUUGUCAUCCUUUAACUCAAUGUGUACCAAAAAUUCAUAAUAAAUCAGCCGUUUGAAGUUUGAAAGCGUUGCAAAUAGAGUCUGUGCGGAAAGAGAAUGGGAUUUAGAUUGGAGGGCGCUGUAGUGCUUUUCUACCGUAUUUGUAAGGUUUUACCCCUUUUAGACAUGAUUAAAUACAAAAAACCGCAAGAAAUCACAACAACAAACAAAUCCGUAUCAAUACAAAACUUUGACGUUACACAGAUUGCUGGGUUUGAUUGCCAAAUAAAAAUCUUAAUGUUAGUUCCGUUUUUCGCCACGCCCAUUCUCUUUCCGCACAGACUAGCAGACAAAUUUAGCGUUUAUAACAUUAUAACGACAGUGGAAAAACAAAAUUGCUUAUACGCCACUUUAGUGCUGCUUAAAUAUGAACAUUAAAUAAUAGUGAAAUUAAGUAAAUUUUUAAGCAGCACCGAAGUGGUGUGUAAGCAAUUUUUUUUCCACUGUCGUAUCUAUACAGAAAUUCCAACAGUUCCACAAAAAGAAAAAAAAAUGUAUCUGUUAUUGUAAAUCUAGCAAUUGUUACUAUAAAAUAUUUGGUGUCAGGCUAGAUUAAAUAUUCAAUACUUACAGUAUCUCUAAAAGACAUUGAGCUUUAUUGGGCUUGAUUUAAGAUUCACAAUCUAUAGAGUAAACAGAAUGUGGCAACUUAUGUCUGUCUUUACAUUCCAAGUCAUAUUAUAUACAAAAGUUUAUAUUUCUUUGUUAUUUUUUAACGAUAAACAAUAUUGCGAGGAAAUUACGCGCUUGGUAUGCGAUUUGAGCCAUUUUCGCAAUGGCCUGUCGUAUGAUGGGUGACCGAAAAGGGUGAACUAUUGGGUGUAAAUUGCUUAGACUUUUGGUGGUGUUGCGUUUCUGUAGGCGGGUAAGGAUCCAGGGCUCCACGGGGUAGGGGAUUGUGUUCAGGCCGGUAAAGUAAAGAUGGCUGGUGUGGCAUAAUUUUCUGCCGCAUCAACUAUCUUCGCGUCUGAACUCCACUUAUAUUUGAAAUAAAAGAUAAUAUUGUGGCUACCCAAAAAACUAUUCCAAUAAGUAUAUGAUUGAAAAUAGUAGAAUAUAAGCGAAAAUUUGACUGAUUCUUAUAAUUUACGGUACGGUUCAUUACUAUCAUAAGUAGUUAUAUAAACUAUAGUUUUUAAGUAAAAUAUUUAUCAUAUUAUUACCUACUUAUAUUUUGUUUAUAAAACAAGAUGGAGACAUUAUUUUUGUUGAUAUUAAAAAUCUCUAUAAAGUUGAUUGAAAAUAAAAAAAAAUGUUGUAAACACAUGUUCGUUUUAUUUAUAUUAAUCACUUAUCUAAUAAGUAUUUAAGCGCUGAAUACAAUUUUCAAUAUAUUUAAUUAAUAAAAGAGGAAAUUUAAAUCUUAAGAAAUUUUUACUAUAAAAAAUCCACUCGUACCAAGUUUCAGAGAGGCAAACAUUGAUUACUAGUGUUUGAUAUAUAUACAGGCUGCUCUGUAUUUUUUUUUUAAUUUCAUAUUUUUUUCUCUUCGUAGUAUUACCCUACAGGAUAUUGACUACGUGGCGUAAACCAACAAUUUUACAUUUUACCCAGUUAGUAUUUUAUCAAAAUCUUCGAAUUCCAUUAUAAAUUAGUUGAGAAAAAUACUUAAUUGUAAAUCUGAUGCAAAUUUUCAUUAUUAGCUGUCCAUUGUUAUGUACAUCUGUAUGAUAUAAAUGGAUCUGUCAAUAAAUAAAAAAUAAUGGAAUGCCUUAGCUUUAAUACAAUUUGGAAAUUAAAAAUAUAACAACAUUUAAUAGAAAUUAUAAGUGGUAAAAGAAUCGCAAGCGUCUUUAGUAUAGGGCGGCCGCUUACCAACAGGCGAAUUAUAAUUAAUCAUAUACGCCUUUUAAAAUAAUUCAAGUAGUACAACAUUCAAAUGUUGCUUAGUAUAAAUUUCGAAUCGGCUUAUUUGACUGCUCAUAUUUACAGCACCUCUACACCUCUGAAAGGAUGUCAUGAAGUCUAUUAUGUUAGACACAAGGUUCAUUAGACAUUGUAAUUCCAGCAGUGGCUAUAAAUAUUUAAUUAUAUAUAAUUUUUUAUUUGUCUAUGAUUUCUAAAAUACAAUUGAAUAACAUCGAAAAUAAAAACAUACAUUGAACAUCGACUUUAUUACACAUAAUAUAUAAAUCUAGGCUUUCACCAGAGCACAUCUCUCGCCUUUAAGACAAUAUAAAAAGAGUCAUUAACCGACUGCAGCCAAAAGUAGUUGUGCGACAUCCUCUCUCGGAGACCUAGCGGCUAGUUGCAUUGUGACACCUGCGGGACUGGAGACCAAUCUAGCUCUCACCAAAACAGGAGCACCACCUCUGAAAAUCCCACCUCCACGGAUUUCCUUCACAGCUUCACCCACAAUAGCUGCUUUGGGCAACCCCAAAUGUUCGCAAACCGCGCUAGCAGCCUCAUUCACGCUGUUCUGCGGUAAAACGAAAGUGUCAGACGCUUGCGGAGCAUUCGAUGAUCUCUCCCAAGUCUGGUCCCAAUCAUCAGCAGCAGCCCUUGCCCUAAUCUGAUCCGAACAUCCCAUAUCGAACUCUUCCAACGGAUAAGUAUCCGCGUAUCCCUCAUCCGGAUCCGGCACGCCAGUAUUCGGGUCGCAAUCCUUCACAGUAAAUUCUAAAGUCGCUCCGAAUGUGCCCAAACUGUCUAAGAAAGCACAAGGAUAUUCGACGACGACAAAAACGCUUUCGGGCUUAUCGUACCCCAAUUUCUGGCAAGGUACUUCCGUUUUAAUCUCGUAUUCUGGCGGGACUUCCAAUCUGAUGUGCACGUCUUCAAGUAUUUGAUCGCUUAGAGUGUUAAUACACUCGAAUUGCAAGACCACGUGACGAGCAUAAACGUGUUUGAGCAAUCUAACUCUGUACUCAGUUUCGGCUUCCGUCAGAUCCACGGGCGGAUUGGUCUUGAACAGAGGUCCUACGCGCUCAAUACCAGGUAUUUUCGCCAGUUGUUCUGAGUACAACUCUUCCAUAGACACUUGAACAGGUUUUCGAACUUCUAUUUCUACGAUAGCCUCCUUGUUUUCUUUUGGCUCCUCUUCGGACGGCACCGAUUUUAGAUCGAAUGACUGAUCGGGUGUAGUGGCUAAGUGAUCGCGUAAAGCCUUUUCGAGUAAUACUGGAUUUGGUUUCGGCACGUUUACGAUGUAAUCGUUGAUCAGUUGCGGGUCGCUUGUGUCCAAGAUUGCGCUGUAGUAGAUAGCUCGGUCGCGUACUUCAUCUUCAUCAUCCAUUUGACAACGACUUAGAAGAACUCUUAUGUUUGGAAGCAGUUCAGGGCGUUGGGCUCCAAAUUGUGCUACAGCAGAAACGGCGGCGGCGCGAACAGGCCCCGAUUCUAAAAUAACCCUGUUGUAGAUAAACCGAAUGUAUCGAGAAGGUUGACGGGACUUUGGCCCUUCUCUACCUAGUAAAUGCAAGAUGCGAACGGCUAAAGCUGUGUGCUCGCAAUCUUCUAUGAACUCACACAAAUGAGCCAAACCCGUCUCUUUAGCAUCGGGGUUUUCCUCAACCAAGGCAAUGAUUGCGUCUGCUAUGGCCGCUUUGUAUUCCAAACCGCCUUCAUCACGCAGCAUACCAGCCAAGAAAGCAGCUAGCGAUUGAUGUUUCCUUGGGAACUUAGUGCAGAGACGUCUAAUAGCUCUGACGACCACAAUUUUGAACUCAUCCGAAAUUUCCGACACGAAACUCGAUAUUUGCUUCAUCAGCCUGUCUACAGAACUUUCAGCGCCGGUGGCUAACAGAGUGGUGACUGCUAAAGUAGCAACAGAGCGAUUCGAGUCUGAAAUGAGGUUUUCUAAAUCUACAGCGCAGGCUGCCACUGCAGUUGGAUGUUUCGCUGUUAAUCUAGCGAGCGUCCUAGCGCCUGCUAAUCUCAGACUAGCUUUGGAAGAUCCGCAGAACAAUUGUAAGACAGAGACAGCUGGUGCGAGAUCUCUUGUCGUCUUCCUUAGGUUUACAAUUGCGUGUGCCGCUUCGUAUAUCACCAUUUCGGACUUAUGCCUCAGACAGCACUCGAUGAAUUCAAUGUAAGAUUGGGAUGAAUCAGAGUCGUCGUCUUCAACCAGUUGUGCUGCUAAACGGAUCAAUAAGCAUAGAGCGUAGGGAGAUUUUAAUGGAGAACGGCCGAGGCGAGUCACUAAUUUGACCAUAGACAGUUUGUCGUUCUUUCUCGAACCGGCGACUACUCCUAAGGCGUGGUAUGACACCAUAGCAUUGUCGGACGCAAUUGCUUCCUGAAAAUGAAUAGAAAAAAAAACGAUUAUUAAAGUCACAGCCGGAUUAAAGGCAGA